AUGAGGACGGCGGAGGACUCGAACGGCACGGUGCUGCACCGGCUGAUCCAGGAGCAGCUGCGCUAUGGGAAUCUCACGGAGAACCGCACUCUGCUGGCCAUCCAGCAGCAGGCCCUGCGCGGCGGCGGCGGCGGCGGCAGCCCCCGCUCCUCCCUGGAGAGCCUGAGCCCGGAGGAGAGCCAGAUGGUGCAGCAAUCCACGCGGCAGGAGCCGCAGGGCCAGGAGCAUCACUCCGACCACGUCUACCUAGAGAACAGCGUCUACCGGCUGUGCCCGCCCAAGGGCGAGGAGCUGCCCACCUACGAGGAGGCCAAGGCUCAUUCCCAGCUGCUGGCAUCGCAGCGGGGAGCGGGAAUCCGGGCCGAGAGCGGCGCCCGGCGCCCCGACGAGGGGCUCAAGGAGCUGAAGCACGGCCACGUGCGGUCACUGAGCGAGCGGCUCAUGCGGAUGUCGCUGGAGAGGAACGGGGCCAAGGCGCAGAGCCCCAUCAGCGCUUCCCACAGCUUCCCGCAGCUCUCCCGGCAGCUCGUCCCCCUGCGCGGGCAGCAGCCCGAGGGCACAGAGCCGCGGGGACCGCCCCCGGAGUAUCCCUAUGUCAUCCCUUCCCAGGAUGCUUACCUGGCUGAGCCCCGAGCCUGCUCCCGGGAAGGUCCUGGAUUUCAGCAUCCUGAGAUCAGGGUGCUGCCCACCUCGGUGCCAGCCGCCUUCCUGCCGCUGUGCCCGGGCGCGCUGGGUCCGGCGGGCGUGGAGGCGCUGGUCAGCGCCCAGGCGGUGUCGGCCGGCAGCCGCCUGGCCCGGGCAGACGCCGUCCUGCGGGAGAACGAGAGGCUGCAGCGGGAGAGCGAGAAGCUGCGGCGGGAGCUGGAGAGCUGUGCCGAGAAGGCGAGCCGCAUCCAGAAGCUGGAGAACGAGAUCCAGCGCAUCUCGGAGGAUUACGAAAACCUCGUCAAGGCGUCUUCCAAGCGGGAAGCCUUGGAGAAAGCCAUGAGGAACAAGAGAGACUGUGAGAUGCGACGGCUGCAGGAUUUCAACCGAGACCUGAAAGAGAGGUUGGAAUCGGCGAACAAGCAGCUGGCUAGCAAGAACCAGGAAAACCAGGAGAGCAACCAGGCCAGCGUGGCCAAACUCCUGGCACAGAGCUACGAGCACCAGCAGGAGAAGGAGAAGCUGGAGCGGGAGGUGUCCCUGCUGCGCAGCGCCAACGAGGACCAGCGGCGGCGGGCAGAGCUGCUGGAGCAGGCCCUGGGCAGCGCCCAGGCACGGGCGGCCAAGGCAGAGGCCGAGCUGCGGAAGAAACGAGCCUACGUGGAGAAGGUGGAGCGGCUGCAGGCAGCCCUGGGGCAGCUCCAGGCCGCCUGCGAGAAGCGGGAGCAGCUGGAGCUGCGGCUCCGCACCCGCCUGGAGCAGGAGCUGAAGAUGCUGCGGGCUCAGCAGAGGCAGGCGGGCACCACCAGCGGGGGGACGCCGGAGCUGAGCGCCCACACGCUGUCGGAGCAGCUGAGGGAGAGGGAGGAGAAGAUCCUGGCGCUGGAGGCCGACAUGACCAAGUGGGAGCAGAAGUACCUGGAGGAGUGCACCAUGCGCCAGUUCGCCAUGGACGCCGCGGCCACGGCGGCCGCCCAGCGCGACACCACCCUCAUCAGCCACUCGCCACGGCACUCCCCCAACAGCAGCUUCAAUGAGGACCUGCUCCUGGCCAGCCACAAGCACCAGGAGAUGGAGAACAGGUUGAAAGCCCUUCAUGCCCAAAUCCUGGAGAAGGAUGCUGUCAUCAAGGUCCUGCAGCAGCGCUCACGGAGGGACCCCAGCAAAGCCCUUCAGGGCUCCCUGCGGCCGGCCAAAUCCGUGCCCUCCAUCUUCGCUGCCUCCGCCGCCCCGAGCUGGCCAGGGGCUGGCCAGAGUGACCGGUCAUCCGAGGGCAGCUCCCGUGGCAGCACAGAGUCUCCUCCAGCAGGCAAAGCCACCACUGAAGGGACAGCAGUGUCCACUGCCCUUCCCUUGCCAUCCCACUCCAAGCACGGCAGCAAGGAUGGCAGCACGCAGACAGACGGAGCGGCCGGAAGCAGCGAACAGGGCGAGGGCACCACAGGGCUGGAGAGCUCGGCUGCUGCCAGAGCCCUGGACCUGUCUGACAUGGUGGAGAUCCUGAUUUAA